AUUAAAUGAACCUGAACAAAUAGUGAACAGCCUCUGGUUAUAAUUUAAAAAAUGAAAAUGAAAGUUAAUUGUAUGCCUUUCCUUAACCAUCAUUGAAAGUGUUCACAGUAACCAAACCCAGGACCAGAUUGUGAAACCUUUCAUCUCUUUUUGUUCAAGUGUUGGUCAUCUCUAUAGUCAGGUUACUUUUUCCCAUAAUAACAAUCAAUUCACCACCUAGAGCAAUUUAACAAACUUAUGACAGUAAAAAAAGACAGACAGACAGAUGAUUUAAAAAGAGUGUGCAAAGAGGCGGCGAAUGAGCGGAAAAAAGUAGGGAAGAAACAUACACAGAAGUAUAAGAGUACAAGAGAGACUGUCUGUUUAGCUUUUUAGUCUUGAUCUGAACAUCCACAUAGCAAGUUGAUAUACAUCGUGUGAUACCAGCUCAUUAACUGUAAAUAACCGGAGAGUUCUUAGGAGAUGCUGAAAUGGCUUCCAAUUUUGGCUUUAUUCGUCAGUUUAAAUAACAAUAUCAGUCAAGUUUAUGGUAACCCAUUAAAUACUUCAUCUCGUACAUCUUCCAUAACCCUAUCAAACAGAGCAAAUUUUCCUAGUGCGGCUCUUCAAGCUUCCAAUAAAAAUGAAACUCGAUCUGUUAUUUAUGGAAUGCGAGCCGUGGGUGGCUCAUCUGAAGAAGGUACACUUAGAAUUCCAGCCGAUAAAAGGAGUACGCUGAUACUUUUUGGUCAACAUUUAGAGUUGACCAAUAUAACUUUCACGAGAACUCCAAGAUCUCGAGGUGCAGAAUGUGAUUCUCUUGAUCAUACUGAAGUUUUUACACCUCUGCAAAUCAACGAUGGUGUUUAUGAGCUUCAAGUCACUUUACCUCCUUAUUCGGGAAGUUUUUUCAUCUGUACUUUGAAUAAAGAUCAUCGAUCAUGGCAUCAUCAAGGAGACUACUCUUACCUUCAGAUCGGUACCAAAGUACCAAUCCUACCAGUAUGGGUUUCCAUCACACUGAUCUUUGUUUUGUUAAGUUUCUCUGGUCUUUUCUCUGGCCUUAACUUGGGGCUUAUGUCUCUUGAUAAAAAUGAACUCUUAGUUAUUGCUCGUUGUGGUACAGAGGACGAGAAACGCUAUGCUCGGACAAUCGCUCCCAUUCGUAGCAGAGGGAAUUAUCUUCUAUGCUCUAUCCUUUUAGGUAAUGUGUUCGUCAACUCAACUUUAACAAUUAUCAUGGACGACUUGACCUCUGGAUUAGUCGCUGUUAUAUCUUCAACUCUUGCUAUCGUCAUAUUUGGUGAAAUUGUGCCUCAAGCUGCUUGUUCUCGCCAUGGGUUAGCUGUUGGUGCAAAAACUAUUGGAGUUACUUAUUUCUUUAUGGCACUUACUUUUCCUCUUUCGUAUCCAAUUUCAAAAAUGUUGGAUUUCUGUUUGGGAGAUGAAAUUGGUCAUGUUUACGACAGAGAACGGCUUAUGGAAUAUAUAAAGGUUACCAAAACUUACAACAAACUAGAAGAAGAUGAAGUAAAUAUAAUUUCUGGUGCUCUCUGUCUAAAAACUAAAACUGUCGGCGAGAUUAUGACUCGACUAGAGGAUGUUUUCAUGCUUCCAAUCGCAGCCACCUUAGAUUUCAACACAGUUUCUGAGAUAUCCAAAAAAGGUUACUCUCGUAUUCCUGUUUUUGAUGGUGAAAGGAAAAACGUUUGUGCCCUUCUUCAUGCUAAAGAUUUAGCUUUCAUUGACCCAGAUGACAAUACACCUUUAAGAACUGUAAUUGAAUUUUACAAACAUCAGUUAAUUCACACUUACGAAGAUGAAACUCUGAACAAUCUAUUGAAUCAUUUCCGUCUUGGAAAAAGUCAUAUGGCCUUUGUGAGAAAAAUAUAUGCUACCGAAGAUGAGGAUCCUUAUUAUGAGAUAACUGGCGUGGUUACUCUUGAGGAUGUAAUUGAGGAGAUCCUUCAAAUGGAAAUUGUCGAUGAAACUGAUAUACUAAUUGAUAAUAGGAAGAAACAACGAAGAAAAGGUGCUGAACAUCAAGAUUUCACCGAUUUUGCCAGAAUUGGUGCUGGUCCGGGUACUCAAAAUAUUUCAUCUCAAAUGGCUUUAGCUACUUUCCAAUAUCUCUCCACAGCUGUCGAACCUUUCAAGCUAGCUUACAUCAGUGAAACUGUACUUCGUCGAUUGAUUGCUCAAAAAAUUUACUAUUAUGUAAAAAAUGUCAAAGAUAAUGACGCUCGAAAUAUCAAGGAAAGAACUAUUUACACUGCUGGCAAACCAGCCGAUUAUUUCAUUAUGAUUUUGGAGGGUAAAACUAAGGUUACUGUGGGAAGUGAGAAUCUUUGCUUUGAUGCUGGUCCAUUCACUUAUUUUGGAACAUCAGCCUUACGUUUAACUGCAAGUGAUAUUCGUAACCAGUCAACAGCAUCCGGAAGCACUCGACCUCCAACACCUGAAUCACCCAAUUUUGGAUCAGCUGAUAUUCGUAUGGCUAUUGAAGCCAAUAAGUUACCUCAACAGCCAGGAGCUGAAGCAAAUGUUACGUUCCGACCCGAUUUUAGUGUUGUUAUUGUUGAACCAACUCUUUAUAUGAAAGUUCCUCGUAAUGUUUACAUUGCUGCUUACCGAGCAUCUCUUUUGGAACAUCAAAAAGGCUUCCCAGCUGAUGAUGACAAAUUGCAAAAAGAGAUCGAUAAUGCUUUCAAUGAUAACCUGUUAGCUCAAUCUCCAGAUUUAGGUCGAAAAGAUUUCCAUAUUGCUGGCGAACGAGAAAAGUUAUUAUACGAAAGUCAAGCUAGAGGUGACGGAACCAGUCCUCAUUCUGAACGACGUAGCUCAAGCGCCCAAGCUAAUCAAACGUCUCCCGCUAAACGUAAAAAUUCUCUCGCUGCUCUAGCUCGUAUUCCUAUUCAGGCAGCAGCUAAACUGGCAAAUAGUAAUUCAUCUAGCAAAGCUCCAAGCUCUCCCUUAUCUAAUUAUCCACCCACGUUAAAUCUUUCAACAUCCAAAGUUAAUCCAAUACCGGAUCGUAAACCAACUCCACCGUCACAAGGACCUCGUGCUCCGUCACCAACUAGGAUUAAUUCAAAUAAUCGACGAAAUGGCUCUCCUAAGAAAGAUUCACCUAAACGAGGAUCUUCACCUAAGAGAGGAUCUACACCUUCACCUCCUGGUAGUCCAAAAGAGGAUUCCCAACUUAUCUCCAAACCAACAACGAAGCCCAACUAAAUAAUAUUACACAAGAUUUGACGAAAAUAGAUUUUCAGAAAGAGCAAAAAAACUCUAUUAAUAGCUUAUUACAUUGUACAUCAUUUGUACAUAUGUAUUAUGUAUACAUUUAAAUAGAUCAACACUCGAAAUAUUUUUCUUCGCGGCUCCACCAUAACUACCUCUCUCCUUACCUUCAAAAGUCCCGUUUUCCUUUUUCUUUAUGAACAGUAUCUGUCUCUCAUUAACUGACUCACUUUGAUGCUCUCUAAGUUCUCAAUUUUUCUCAAUUCAUAUUCAUCUUUGGACAAGAUAUUUAUUCAU